AUGCCAACCAUUGUCAGGCGAGACAAAAGCAGACAAACAGCAGUAGAACAGGUAACCAGCAUAACCGGAGUCUUUAAACCACACAGUGGAUGCUCCAAACCUAGAACUGUUCUGAUUGAGGGAGAACCUGGAAUGGGUAAGACUACCUAUUGUCAAAAGGUAGUGUAUGACUGGGCCAAUGGUCAAGAAACAGAUGCUUCUUUCCUAAAAAUUAAACUGGUCCUCCUGCUCAAAUGCCAUGACAUGUCAGGCAACAUCUGGGAAGCCAUUGAUGAUCAGCUGCUUCCUAAAGAUAUUGAAGAGGAAGAAAGAGAGAACUUCUUCAAGUACAUUCGUGCCAAUCAGUCUCAAGUUCUCUUGGUACUUGACGGAUUAGAUGAAGCACCUUCCAAUCUUAUGAAGAUAUUUUCUGACCUUGUUGAGAGCAGAGAGCUAUCAAAGUCUCACAUCAUUCUUACAUCAAGGGAAGAGGGUAGUGUUAAGAUAAGAAAGUAUUGUGACACCUUACUUCAAAUACAAGGAUUUGCGUCAGAGAAUUCUCACAAUUACAUCAAGCACUACUUCAAAGACUUGGAGGCACAGGGACAAAAACUUUUGAAGGACAUUGAACAAAAUAUUGAACUCGGAGAACUGAUUGUCAAUCCUUUAUUCACAGCAAUGCUCUGCCUUUUUAUGAAGAUUUAG